CUUGGCUCCUGGAUUUCUCCCACUUGCAACCACUUUUGGAAGAGCUGCAGCCCGGCCCACGAAUCUUGCCGGUGCACUGCUAUCUUGUAUACUCUCUCACGCCUGGUUCAUCACGAUUGGGCUCACGUAUCAGAGUGGGCCUCGAGUGCUCGGGACCAGUCAUGCCCGCGUCUGUUCCCACGGAGCGCCAGGCCGCAAAGGAACGAGGCUGCUUCCAAUGCUCUAAGCGAAGGAUCACCUGUGAUAGGGCUGAACCCUCGUGUGGCAAGUGCAUAAAGAAGGGACUUGAUUGUUCUGGACUCGCUAGGAUCCGCUUCAACGAGGGGGUUGCCCGGCGCGGUCGACUCAAGAACUGCACGGUCCCAGUCCCUGAUAUCAUUAGCCAACAUGGCGAGACUCACUGCCAAUUGCCGACUGUGGUGACAUUCCCUGAGCUUCAAUGGCACCCCCACGAUCCACCUCGAACUACACAGACACGGAAGGUUCGUACGACCAAAAGACGACCGAGACCCGCGCCGUACCCGCAACGAGCAGUGGUAGACCAGCCUGCAGCGAUACAAUGUCUACCCUCAGACCCUCCAUUAGCAGACUGUCCCGUUAUACCGCCAGCGGAUGGGUCGGGUGGGGCUGAAGGCGACUAUCGAGCACAGUACAUCCCACCAACCGAGGCCGAAACUGGUGAUGAGGAGAUAGACGCAAGUUUCCCAGCCAUAGUCCACGAACAGCCAAAUCACUACAUGAGCCAGUUCCAUACCAUCAUGCCUUGGAUUGCACCUCUGCCCUCAGAAACAAGGGGACUAUUUCAUCACUUCUCAGAGGCAGUCGCGCCCGUCAUGGUCAUCCUCGACAAAGUAUCAAACGGAUAUAGGGAAUUCAUCCUGCCGAUGGCACUUCAAGAUGAAGUGCUCUGCAGGGCGAUAUCAGUUGUGGCCGCCCAACAUCUCAGCCAAGGAAACCCGGCACUCGAGCUGGCGGCCGACAAGGGACGCACGGCGGUGAUCUCGCGACUUCGCAAAGACGCAUUACUCGAGUCUCAAGUAUUCAAUGAACAUACGUGGGCAACUCUCCUUGUCCUCCUGGUGGGCGAGACCGUCACAGGCAACGCAGACUAUAGCUUUCUUGUGCAGAUGCUGCUGUGUCUUGCGAGCAACAAUAUCAUCAGGAACAAACAAUCACGCUUGACUCGAUUCCUCAAGGCCCAGACACACAUGUUCACAAUGCUGGGACAGCCUUUCCUUGAAGAAGAGGGUGGCGUGAGGUUCAUACAGCAGACAUUCAACGGAUGCACGGACUGGCUGUCAUGCGAGGAGCUCCCACCAGACUGCCAGGACAGGCGCAACGUGAUCCUGAUCAGGCAGUGCUUCGCAGAGGCCUGCAACAUCUACCUCGGGCGUGCGACCACCGACCACGAGCAGGACCUGGCCAUCAAGCGCCUGAUGCAGCUCUUGUCACAGGUCGACAGCGACGCGCCGACCGCCCACGCCCUCGUCUGGGUAUGUUUCAUCGCCGGGGCGGAGACCAACGACCCGCAACAAAGGGACUUCUUUGUUACCCGCAUGAACGAGACAUACCAGCGGACACGCUUUCGCAAUAUCCCGGCUGCUGUACAGUCACUUCAACGGAUAUGGAAGAGGAAGGCGGGUCAGAAGUGGACGAGCUGCUUGCCUGAACUGACACAGGUCCUAGUCAUGUGAAUCUUGAAGGCCAUAGGGUUGAUAACGCGUUCUCCAUGGCUUGGAAGAGCAUUUGACAAUGAAAUAUCACCUCAAGAAGCCGAUAAAAA